GAACACAUAGGCUACCCACUUUUGUUUUUUUUUAAUUCUGCGCGGAUAGAGUCGCGGGUGAAAGCUAGUAUUCCAUAUAGCUGAAAUGAAAUGCCAUGAAUGUUAAAAAGCAAUUUGAUUAUUUGCCGAUAUCUAUGAGCUACCAAUGAAAGAGCGAAAAUACUUCACAGCGGGAUAAUAAAGAUUUUAUAGGUUAAUAAUAAUGAAAUAUUUUCCUAUGAAAGCUAGUUCAUCGCUUAUAAAGCAAGUCGAGUCCUUUUUAUUAAAGUCAAGAACCAUUUCAAGACGUUUCCUUUUAUAUAGACUUUAGCAAAAUUUAUAUGCAUUAUCGCUGUGGCGAUGUAUCUGGCAUGCAGAAGCCUCGACGGCGCAUAUCAGUGAAGAGGAAGAAAAGGAAAUGUCAUUAUGAUAGUAGACAGAUUCACCCGUUGGCCAGAGGCGUGGCCAAUGACAAGCAUUACCGCAGAGGAGGUUGCUGAAACUUUUAUGGCAGGAUGGGUUGCCCGUUUUGGAGUUCCUGAGACUGUGACUACGGAUCAGGGACGGCAGUUUGAAUCGUCCCUGUUCAACGCUAUGCUGAAACAUUGCUCAGUCAGCCAAACCCGUACCACGAGCUAUCACCCAUGUGCGAACGGGAUGGUAGAAAGGUUUCACCGCCAGCUUAAAGCGGCUCUUAUGUGUCAUGGAGGAACGUGGCACAGCGCAUUGCCCUUAGUUCUUCUUGGAAUGAGAACGGCGCUUAAAGAAAACCUCGGUGUAUCCACAGCUGAUCUUGUAUAUGGAGAACCGCUUCGGCUGCCUGGCGAGUUCAUUGCUCCUUCGUCUAACCCGUACACUCUCUACACUCCUUCAGUCACUGACUUUGCGUCGGAGCUAAGGAGACACAUGUUGAACAUAAAUCCUGUUCCAGCAACACAUCACUCAGAACGUCGUCCCUUUGUUUUUAAAGACCUUGAUAAGGCAACUCAUGUAUUUUUAAGAGACGAUACAGUCAGGGCAUCAUUAAAGCCUCCAUAUACCGGGCCUCACCCAGUAGUAAGCAAUGACAGGAAAAACAUAACUAUUACAAAAGCCGGCGUAUGUAGAAGAGUCUUUGAAGCCGGACUUCACUCACUCUUCUACUCCAUCGUUUUCUUACCAUUGCCCUAAGACUGUUAGUUCUCCUCCAAAGGUUACAUUAAUUCCUCCACAAAGCUCACAUACAUCACAACAGUCAUUAAAUAGCGCCCCUCCAGAUUACACGACCCGUUCAGGUCGCAAAGUACGUUUUAGGUUGCCCAUCAAAGUCUAGCAUCCAUCAUACACCAUCUUGAAUUAAAGGCAUGUAAACUCUCUCCUUCUUCAGUUUUUUUUUUAAUUCCAUGUAUUUUUUAAUUUUUUUUUAAUGGAUUUGUAUGGGUCAUUUUACACCGUGGGGGGGUGAUGUGGCGAUGUAUCUGGCAUGCAGAAGCCUCGACGGCGCAUGUCAGUGAAGAGGAAGAAAAGGAAAUGUCAUUAUGAUAGUAGACUAGAUCGAGGACGAAUAUACAUAUGUAUGUAAAUAAAGAAUUAUUAACAUACGAGUCUUUAUCGCACUGAAACUGGAAUGUAUUGAAGUAUUAUUUUUAGAAUUCAAAGAUGGUUUUAUUAAAUCACGAGCUUUCGCCUGCGACAC